AUGGGAAAGGAAAAGACCCACAUCAACUUGGUCGUCAUCGGCCACGUCGACUCCGGAAAGUCGACCACCACGGGACACCUGAUCUACAAGUUGGGUGGUAUUGACAAGCGUACCAUCGAGAAGUUCGAGAAGGAGUCCUCCGAAAUGGGCAAGGGCUCCUUCAAGUACGCGUGGGUGCUCGACAAGCUGAAGGCUGAGCGUGAACGUGGUAUCACCAUCGAUAUUGCCCUGUGGCAGUUCGAGACCCCCAAGUACCACUACACUGUCAUCGAUGCCCCGGGACACAGAGACUUCAUCAAGAACAUGAUUACCGGUACCUCCCAGGCCGAUGUCGCCCUCCUAGUCGUCCCCGCCGAGGCCGGUGGUUUCGAGGGUGCCUUCUCCAAGGAAGGUCAGACCCGUGAGCACGCGCUUCUUGCUUUCACCCUCGGUGUGAAGCAGAUGAUUGUUGGCAUCAACAAGAUGGACUCGUGCAACUACUCCGAGGACCGCUUCAAUGAGAUUCAGAAGGAAGUUGCGAUGUACCUGAAGAAGGUCGGCUACAACCCCGAGAAGGUUCCGUUCGUUGCCAUCUCCGGUUUCGUUGGUGACAACAUGGUUGACAAGUCCACCAACAUGCCGUGGUACAAGGGCAAGACCCUCGUCGAGGCCCUCGACACCAUGGAGGCCCCCAAGCGCCCCAGCGACAAGCCCCUGCGCUUGCCCCUGCAGGACGUCUACAAGAUCGGCGGUAUCGGUACCGUCCCGGUCGGACGUGUUGAGACCGGUAUCCUGAAGGCCGGUAUGGUCCUGACCUUCGCCCCGGUUGGCCUCACGACUGAGUGCAAGUCCGUUGAAAUGCACCACGAAGUCCUCGAGCAGGCCGUGCCUGGUGACAACGUUGGUUUUAACGUGAAGAACGUUUCCGUCAAGGAGCUGAAGCGCGGCUACGUCGCCUCCGACUCCAAGAACGACCCCGCGAAGGGCUGCGCCACCUUCCUUGCCCAGGUUAUCGUCCUCAACCACCCAGGUGAGAUCAAGAACGGAUACUCGCCCGUUAUCGAUUGCCACACUGCCCACAUUGCCUGCAAGUUUGCUGAGAUCAAGACCAAGAUGGACAAGCGUUCUGGUAAGACCCUUGAGGAGGCACCCAAGUGCAUUAAGUCCGGUGACGCCGCCAUGGUCAACAUGGAGCCCUCCAAGCCCAUGGUUGUUGAGGCCUUCACUGACUACCCCCCUCUUGGCCGUUUCGCCGUCCGUGACAUGAAGCAGACCGUCGCUGUCGGUGUCAUCAAGUCCGUCGAGAAGAAGGAGCCUGGUGCUGGCAGCAAGGUCACCAAGUCCGCCGUCAAGGCCGCCAAGAAAUAA